UUGUAGAUAUUCAAAAGAAAAGAUCAAAUUCUCAACCACUGUGCAAUAUCAUAGCUAACCAUCUCACUUCUUCCAUCUCCAUCUAUAACAUUCUCUAUAUAAUUGAUUAAGGUUCUAGUCCCAUUUCUCAUUGUUCUAAUUCUCGAUUGAUCAAUGGCGGAGAUGGAUCUAACACCAAAGUUAGCGGCAGUAGAGUUCGAGGGAGAUGGUGGAGGAUAUCACACAUGGUCAGCUCCAGCACUUGGCAAGGCCAAAGUUGGUGCCGGCAAGCUUGUUUUAAAGCCGAGUGGUUUUGCUCUUCCUCACUAUGCAGAUUCUGCCAAACUGGGGUAUGUUGUUCAAGGUGAGGAUGGAGUAAUUGGGAUGGUUUUACCCAACACAUCAGAGGAGGUGGUGUUGAAGCUUAAGAAAGGAGAUGUGAUUCCGGUACCAGUCGGAGCAGUCUCAUGGUGGUUCAACAAUGGCGACUCACCCGAUGACCUUGUUAUCAUUUUCUUGGGCGCUACAAAGGCCUACACUCCUGGUCGGUUUACUUACUUCUUCAUAGCAGGAACUCAAAGUCUUCUCGGAGGUUUCUCGACUGACUUCAUUAGCAAGUCAUUCAAUAUCAGCAAAGAUGAAGCUGAUGAGGUCACCAAAAACCAGUCAGGGGUUUUGGUAGUGAAGCUAGAACGUGGAAUGACCAUGCCUAAGCCCAACGAACUCGUCACCAAAAAACUUGUUCAUCAACUCACUGUUAGUGCCACUUUGACUGAGAAGGGGUUUCAUUUUCUUAACCAAGUUGGGUUAAGUGCCAACCUCUUAAAACUUGAACCCUAUGCAAUUUCCUCUCCCACUUACACUACCGAUUCUACGGUUCAAGUGAUCUAUGUUGUUGGAGGAGGCGGUCGAGUCCAAAUAGCGGGUCUUAAUGGUCAGCGUGUGUUGGAUGCGGAAGUAACUGUGGGUCACUUGAUCGUCGUGCCUAGGUUUUUCAUGGUGGCGAAACUUGCUGGAGAAAAAGGAAUGGAGUGUUUCUCUGUCAUUACAAGUUCCCAGGCUGUCCUGGAAGACUUAACUGAUAAGACAUCAGUAUUAAGGGCAUUAUCACCUGAGGUGUUACAAAUAUCCCUCAAUAUAAACCCACAGUUGCAGACUCUUCUCCAAUCAAAUAUUAACUAGAGAAACAUUCGUUGAUCCUUGACGAUCAAAAUCUCUUUAGCUGUUUACCUAGUUCCACAUACAUAGAAUAAGUGGAUGAUCUGCAUAUAUGAUCCUAGAGAGGAAAUUAGAAUAAAACUCAUGCAUAUCUACAAAGAAGAUUAUUGUUUUCUUGUUCAUUUACAAUUAUGUGAUUUUCACAGGUAUGGCCAAUUUUUAAAGAAUUUCAUUGAUUGAGGUUUUCAUAAUUGUGUGUAGUACUGUGUACCAUAAAGGCAUAAAGCUUGGGUUUUGAGCACA